CCAUUGUAACCUUUUGAUACUAUACUUGCUACAUUUAUACUAUAGAUAUUGAAAUCACUGUCUAAAAUGUUCAUUUCUACUGUUUCUCUCGUUCUUGCUCUUGCCACCUCUGCAAUUUUUGCUGCUCCAACCACCCUGUCUACAAAAGAUGCCUCUAGCGAUCUUCCAUUCUACUUUCCCAAGCCUACUUAUCAAAGUAUUCCUUAUGAUCACUCAUCCAACCUCGCGGCUCCAUCCAAUGCUGAUUCAGUCAAGAUUGGCACUGCGUAUAUCCGUGACAAACUCAAUCUCUCUCCUGACGAGUUCAAAAUUUCCAGCAGCUUUACGGACAGUGCUGGUGUAACUCACGUGUACGGUUCUCAUCUAGUUAACGGCGCAUCUGUAGCCAAUCACCAAGCUGCUGUCCAUAUCAAAGGCGGUCAAAUUACGUCGUACUCUGCUUCGUUUGGUACUAAAAGCCAUCUUACCAAAAGUGAGCUCUCAAUUGCAGAACCCAAAGCCAAACUGACUUUUGAACAGGCUUCUGGUCUUGUAUCCAAGGCCAAGGGUCUUCCAGUUUACUCUGAGUUUAAGCAUGACCUCGAGUAUGUUCAACAGGCUGAUGGCACGCUUGUGUAUGCUUACAAAUUCCAGCUUCGCGACAAAAGUGUUAAUUUCUGGUUCCAAGUUUGGGCCGAUGCCAACACUGGCAAACUGAUCCAGGCUGUUGAUUUUGCUCAUCGUGCAACAUACAAGGCCAUCAAACUUCCUGGUCUCACUCCUGAUGAUGGAUUUUCAGACGUCAAAGAUCCAGAAUACAAAGCAUCGUCGCCUAAUGGAUGGACUGAUGGAACUACCACUGAGGGUAACAAUGUCAGUGCUCUUGAUUUAAGAAAAGAACCAGCGGUUCCAGGAACUGGUGUUAAUGGUGUAUUCGACUCCAAGUUUAACCCCACUGCUGAUAUCACCGAUCCGGACAACAUGCAAGCAACAGCUGUCAAUCUGUUUUACAUUACUAACAUAAUGCACGACAUCACGUACCAGUAUGGUUUCAACGAGGCUGCUGGCAAUUUCCAAAAGGACAACUUUGGCAAAGGUGGUGAGGGUAACGAUCCUGUUAUUAUCAGUGUCUUGGAUACUUCAGAUGAAGAAAAUGCCGAUUUCUUUUCUCCAGCUGAUGGUCAGCCGGGUCAAAUGAGAAUGUUCCGAUUUGCUCAUUUCAAGCCUAAUCGCAAUCCUGGUCUGGAUAACCAAGUCGCUAUGCACGAAUAUGGACAUGGUGUCUCAGGUCGGUUGACUGGUGGACCUGCAGUAGUUGGGUGCUUGCGCGGAGCUGAAGCCGGUGGUAUGGGCGAAGGUUGGUCUGACCUAUUUGCCAUGAUCGUGUCUGCCAAGGAAUCACAAAAAUCCGACACUCCAAUUGCCAUUGGUACAUAUAUUCAGGGUGGACCCGAAGGUAUUCGCUCCCAUCCUUACACGACUGACAUGAAAGUCAAUCCCUUGACCUAUUCCACUCUUAAGAAGCGUCUAGAAGUUCACGAUGCUGGUGAAGUGUGGGCCUCUAUGCUUUGGGAAGUCUACUGGAACUUGGUCACCAAGAACGGAUUCUCUACCGAUAUUUACGAUGCCAAGAGCAAUUCUGGUAACACUAUUACUAUGCAGAAUAUGAUUGGCGGAUUUAUGCUCCAACCAUGCCAUCCCACUCUCAUUAGUGCUCGUGAUGCUUUCAUUGAGUCUGAUGCUAAUCGCUACAAAGGUGCCAACAAGUGCGAGAUCUGGAAAGGAUUCGCCAAACGCGGUCUGGGAGUCAAGGCUGCCGACUUCAAUGACGAUUUCUCUGUUCCUGCUGACUGUGAUACCGGCGCUUCACCUCCACCUUCUAGCAGAGGUCCUCCUGCCACCACUGAAGGAGCUACCACCACUGAAGGAGCUACCACCACUGAAGGAGCUACCACCACUGAAGGAGCUACUACAACUGAAGGAGCUACUACCACUGGAAGGGCUACUACCACUGGAAGGGCUACCACCACUGAAGGAGCUACUACAACUGAAGGAGCUACCACCACCGAAAGAGCUACCAUUACUACAAAGAGGCCCACCACCACUGGAAGAGCUACCACCACUGCUCGUGGUCCUAAGCCUACUUCUGGAUGCACUCGCAUGGACAUUUGCUGCAUCUACAUUGGAAAAAGUUGCGAUCAAAACUAGAUGUUCAAGUCUAGUAAUUGUUUCUACAAUUUAUUGAAUGAAAGUAUAUUGUAACAGUGU